AUGGAGCAAAGCGGGGAAAUUUGCGUUCUCCAACAGCGCGAUUUGAAUGAGGAGAACGAAACGCCAGACACGCGAGACGCUCCGAACAGAACUAAACCGCGGGAAUCCGCAGAUAAUAGCGAUCCAAAACCACACGAAUCCACCCUGCAGAACAAUGAAAAACCGCGGGAAACAACAGAUCCACACCACCCGGCCCACGAAAUCGUGGAACCAACCGGGGAAACCUCCCCUCCAACCGAGAAACCGGAGAAACCGGAGAAAUCAGAGGAAUCGGUGGAACCGGAGAAACUAGAGAAACUGGAGAAACUGGAGGUCCGGGAGUUGUUUUCCUGCGGCAAUGCGUCGAAAAACGCGGGAAUCCGGAUCGCGAUCGCGCGGGAAGCGUCGAUUUGCGGCGAGGAUCGCGUGGGGGAGAUCCACGUGCAGUCGGGGUCGGUGGCGCGCGGGUAUUACCCCGAUAACCGCGCGAGCUUCACGGUGGAACUGAGGGGAGCGUCGGGCGUGUGGCUGUCGACGGGGGACUUGGGGUUCCUCCACGUUGGAUUUGAUUGUUUGUUUGUGACACAGAACGGCGAACUGUACGUGUGUGGCCGAGCCAAAGAUCUGCUCAUCGUGCGAGGCCGCAAUUAUUACCCACAAGACAUCGAACAGGCCUGCUGCCUGCUUCCACAGGUCAAACCCGGCGCCGUCGCCGCCAUCGCCGUUCCACGCAACGGGCAGGAAUCGCUUGUCGUCGUUCUCGAGCUCCGAGACGCCGUGAGAACCGGAGAAACCGUGGAAACGGUGGUAACGCAGCUGCGGCAGGUGAUCGCGGAGGAAAACGGGCUGGUUCCGAGCGAAAUCGUGGUGAUUCGACCGAAAACGAUUCCGAAAACGACGAGCGGAAAGAUCAGUCGACAUCGCGUGCUCGACGAAUAUCGCAACGGAACGCUGCAGAUUGUGUAUCGACAGCAGUUCAUCGAUCUGCCCACACAAGAAGAACAAGAACAAGAACAAGAACAAGAAAACUCUUCAAACAAAGCGGAGAAUUCGCAGGCCACAGCAGCGAAAUCGAUUCAAAGCACGCUGCCUUCGCAGCUCGACGGCAUCGAUACGGUCCAACAGCUGCGUAGCACGCUGCUCGAGGACGUGUGCUCGCUGUGCGGGACGCAGUCGUAUAUGGUGACGCCGAACGACACUUUGGAGAUGAUGAAUGUGGAUUCGUUGCGAAGAGCCCAGUUGCAGGGCGUGCUCGAGCAAUACUAUGGCGCGAAGGUGGAUCCGGAGUUGCUGUACGACGUGAAUACGACGUUUGAGCAGCUGGCCAGAGCGGUGGAUGUGGGGAUAAAGGGAUGA